AUGACACCGCCAGCAGUCUCAAUGCCGAGUGUGAGCGGGGUCACGUCCAGCAGCAGCAGACCCUCCGUUUGCUUGCUCUUGCCGCCGGUCAGGAUGAACGCCUGCACGGCCGCGCCGUACGCAACGGCCUCGUCGGGGUUGAUGCUCUUGUUCAGCUCCUUACCACCGAAAAAUUCGGAGACCAGCGACUGCACCUUGGGGAUACGCGUGGAGCCGCCGACGAGCACGACGUCGUGCACGGCGCGCUUGUCCAUCUUCGCGUCCUGCAGAACGCGCUCGACGGGCUCGAUGGUCUUGCGGAAGAGGUCGCCGCACAGCUCCUCGAAGCGGGCACGGGUGAUAGUCGACUGGAAGUCAAUGCUGUCGAAGAGCGCGUCGAUCUCAAUCGUCGCCUGCGUCGCAGAGGACAGGGUGCGCUUGGCACGCUCGCACGCGGUGCGCAGACGGCGCAGCGACCGCUGGCUCGAGGACAGGUCCUUGCCACGGUUCUUGCGCUUGAACUCGUCGCUGAAGAAGUUCACCAGGCGGUUGUCAAGGUCCUCACCACCAAGGUGGGUGUCACCGGCGGUGGCCUUCACCUCAAAGAUACCGCCGUCAAUCGUCAGCAGCGUCACAUCGAACGUGCCGCCGCCAAGGUCGAAGAUGAGGACAUUGUGCUCCUGGUCGCCCGAGCUCUUGUCCAGGCCGUACGCGAUGGCAGCCGCCGUCGGCUCGUUAAUGAUGCGCAGCACCUCAAGCCCAGCAAUCGCACCGGCGUCCUUCGUAGCCUGCCGCUGGGAGUCGUUGAAGUACGCGGGGACCGUGAUCACGGCCUUCUUCACCUGCUUGCCAAGGUAG